AUGCCAACAUGAGCUAAUUUAGGUCUUCAAGAUAGAGCCUCCCCCCUAAUAGAACAACUUACAUUUUUCCAUGAUCACGCUCUUUUAAUUUUAAUCAUAAUUACUAUUUUAGUCGGUUACUUAAUAUUUAUACUAUUUUUUAACUCCUACACUAACCGAUUCCUUCUCCAUGGUCAAACUAUUGAAUUAAUUUGAACUAUUCUCCCCGCUAUUAUUUUACUAUUUAUCGCCAUACCCUCCCUUCGGUUACUUUAUUUACUAGACGAAAUUAAUGAACCUGUACUAACAUUAAAAUCUAUUGGUCAUCAAUGGUACUGAAGUUAUGAAUAUUCAGACUUUCUAGAUAUUGAAUUUGACUCUUACAUAAUUCCAACAAAUGACCUAUCAACAGAUGGAUUUCGCUUAUUAGAUGUUGACAAUCGUGUUGUUCUGCCCAUAAAUUCACAGAUUCGUAUUCUUGUAACAGCCGCUGAUGUAAUCCAUUCAUGAACAAUUCCAGCCCUUGGUGUAAAGGUAGACGGAACCCCAGGACGACUUAAUCAAACCAACUUCAUAAUUAAUCGGCCCGGACUUUUCUUUGGCCAAUGUUCAGAAAUCUGCGGAGCUAACCAUAGUUUUAUACCUAUUGUUAUCGAAAGAGUUCCAACCAAUUUUUUCAUUAAAUGAAUUUCGUCUUUAAAUUAA